GUAAAAAGGGAUGAAUUGACACUUUUUCUGCUUUGAUGAAUGGAAAAAACCCUAAUGAAACCCUUCUUCGACUGAAAAAAUUCUUCUUCUGCUCCGGAAUUAGGGUUUUCAUCACCUUCUCAGGCGAGAAUCUUCCGUCUCAUUGGUGGCGAAGAUGUCGGACUAUCCCGUGCUUGAUAAUCUCCCCAUUGAUAAAUGGAAGGUACCAGCAUUAAGGGAAGAGCUUAAGAGGAGGAACUUAAUGACAAAAGGUUUGAAGGAUGAUCUUGUUAAUCGAUUAAAUAAUGCUAUCCACAGAGAAAGAGGAGAACCUGAGGUUGAAGAGAGUACUGAAAUAAAUCCCGAUGUUCUUGAAUGGAAUAAUAAAAGUAUGGGGCAUCCCCAAAACAAAGUUAUUAAGGGUUCUGAUCGUGAUACUGAUCCUGCCAAUGCCACCAAAGUCUUGGAUGAGGUUGCAACUGGGGGUACUGAUGACGUUUCUGGAGUAAGAGAACAUUCAGAGGCUUCUGUUGGUAGCACUAGUGUUAUAAAUGAGAUUGUGUCUACUGAUCAAUUUGUUGAAGUCAAAAUUGAUAAGAAACACGAGGUUAUCGAUUCUUCUCUGAACAACGAUGUUGUUGAUGAGGUAUCUGGAGUUAGGUAUGCUGCUAUUCAGAGCAGUGGCACUGUACAGGACAUUGAGGAUAUGCGAAUUUCAUCUUCUGAGGGAGUGCUUGAGGAUAACCUUAGGAGACAAGAGAAUGAUGCCGAGUUAACCCCAGUAACAUCCAAGGAUGCCUUGGGAAACAAUAGCAUUAAGUUGGAGGAUGAGGGUCUGAAACUCUCAGGCAUGGAUGCUGAGUAUGAUAAGUCCAAUCCAGACACUCAGGUAUAUGAGGUCAACCCUGAUUUAGGGUCUCAAGUAAAAUCUGACACAUUUUCUACUGAUACUUUGCCCAUUAAUGAAAAUAAUGAUUUAAAUGAUAAUUUGAAUGCUGAUAAUGUUAAAUUAGUAACUGAAGUUGUUAGGCAAGAGAAGGAGUCAUCCAGCAAAGAUCUGUCAGAUGUUGGUAGCAUUUAUCCAUUGCAUGAUCAGAUGCCACAUGAGAUGCAGGGUCAUGUUGGAGAAACUGUUGAUGACAAAUCUUCGGAGGUGAAAUUUAGCAUGAAAAAGGCCAAUGCAGAUCAGGUUUCUGUUGCUGUUACCAAGGUAGAGCAUGGUUUAGAAAGUAACACAUUGAAUAAUAGUGAGCAAAAAGAUGUUCAGUUUGAAAAAGCUAGAACUUUAGGUGAUGUUAUAGACCCUAGUUUGUCACCCAAGAAAGUUGAGGUAUCUGCUGAAGAUAAACAUUGUAUUGCUGCUUCCAAUGAUGAUAGAAAAGUUUUGAGCAAGAUAUCUGAGGUAGCGGAUGAUCAGAAUAUGGAAAAGAUAAAUUUGGAUCAAUCUUCAGCUGAUGAUUCCAUGGAGGAGGAUGUAGUAGAGACAAAGCAUGUGGCUUUUGAUCAUAUUUCUAAGGAGAAUGAUAAGACUGAAGAGUCUAUUACGGGAAUGACAAAAGAGCCCAAAGUUGUACGAAAUGGCUCUUCUGAUGCAACGCAGCAAGACAAUCCUUCUGAGAAGGUUGAGUCUCCUCAAGAAUCUAAAGAUGGGUCUCCUGAAUUGUCAGAGAAGAGAAAGUUUCAAGUAGGAGAUGGGAGUAAAGAGCCUGCAAAAAGGCAGCGCAAAUGGAACACUGAGAAUUUGAAUACUGCUGAGCCACAAAAUUCAAAUAUUGCAUUAUCAGAGAACUUGGUUCAGACCAUCCCUGUCAAGCCUAUCUUUGGCAGGACCGACUCUACAGUUAGUGAGGAUGCACCCAAGGAGCGCCUUGUACCAAAGUCUUCCAAAACAGCCACUAAUUCUCUCAAAAUUGAGAACUUCUUGCGGCCCUUUACACUGAAAGCUGUGCAAGAGCUCCUUGCAAGAACUGGUGAAGUCUGCAGUUUCUGGAUGGACCAGAUAAAGACCCAUUGCUAUGUCACGUAUUCUUCGGUAGAGGAAGCCAUAGAGACCCGAAAUGCUGUUUACAACCUCCAAUGGCCACCAAAAGGAGGUCGUCUCCUGGUUGCAGAUUUUGUUGCUCCCCAACAGGUGCAAACCAAGAUAGACGGACGGGAGCCUGCUACUCCAGCGACAAAUCGCAGUCCUGCAGUGCCUCCAGCUUCAUCCUCUGUUCAAGCACCACCUGCUUGGCAGCAGGGUCGCAAACAGCAGGUUGAGUCAGAACAUCCACUAAUGCGCCAGCCACCACCUGCUCCUCCUACUGCGCUACCAAUAAAAGAGAGGUUGGCUCCACCUGCUUGGCAGCAGGGUCGCAAACAACAGGUUGAGUCAGAACAUCCACUCACGCGCCAGGCACCACCUGCUCCUCCUACUGCGCCACCAAUAAAAGAGAAGUUGGUUCCACCUGUUGCUGAUAAAAAUGACCCCCCUGUUAUUACUUUGGAUGACAUCUUCAGAAAGACCAAAGCCGCUCCCCGUAUCUAUUAUUUACCGCUGACUGAUGAAGAAGUUGCUAAAAAGCUUGCCAGUAGAGGAGGUGCUGAGAACUAGAGCUUUUAAGUGAACAAAGGACUUGUUAGAUAGAUGGUAUAUGGAGAGGUGUUGCGAUGUAAUGCUGAUAACUGCUAAUUUACCCUCACAGAGAAGUUGCAGUCUUGAGGCUCACUUAAGACCUUGCUUUCUUUUCUAUUUUCGUUGUUAAUGGUUACUGCAAGGUUGAAGUCUCUACUGUAUUUUACUUUGGGUUGAAGAAACAUAACAAAAUGUGCAGAAUCUGCCUUCUUUCUUCAUCCAGAUUCAUCGUUGAAUUGCGCCGUAGCUGUAAAUGCCAUUUAUCUCCAUUCGUUUUCUUUA